AAAGUAGAAAUUAUAGAAUGCCGACCCAAGUACUAUGAUUAUAUUUAUAUCAUUUAUAUGAAUUGAAUAUGGAUAUCUAAUUAUAUCUAGUCAAUAGUCAAAUAUAAGAAGCGUGAUUUUUCGUCAAAUAUUCUAGUCAAUAGUCAAAACAUCCCAAAACUCCCUAAGCUGUAGCUGAAAUGUGAAGGUUUAUGGUGGCGGUUGUAUAAGUUUCGGUUGGAUUAAUAUUGGGCCCAAUUGUAUUUGGGCUGCUCUUUUUGGCGUUUUGGAUAUUGGGCUUUCAGAAUGGGUAUAAGAAAACAAUACCAAAAAUCAUUGAUAUCAAAACACUUCAAAACUCCCUACCCUACCCUCACCGGCGUUAUCAGCAUCCCGCUGCCGUCACCUUGACCGUGGAGCUCGUUCCUGUUCCUACUCCCUAAUGAGGUACAUUCAAUUUGGCAGAAAUGUGUUCUCACAGAUCCUCAGACGCAGGUACGUCACCAAUCUCGUCAGAAACCCAGCGAAACCGCCCUUCAGUCUCCCAAAGCGUCGAUAUUCUGCUGAAUCGUCCACGUCAGCAUCGUCGAAAAUAGUGCAGGACCUCCUCGCCGAAGUGGAGAACGAGAGGCUCCGGGAGAGAGAUCAGCGAAUUAGGGCCGGAUUGGACACCGCCGACAUCGACGCCGAGUGCGAAGAGGACUACAUGGGCGUGGCUCCCCUCAUUGAGAAGCUCGAGAAGGCGAGAGUCAAGGAUAAGGAAUCCAAUCUCAACCUCUUCGAGGAGCCUUCUGAUUCCGAUACCGACGAAGACGACGAGAGGUUCACCCCCGAGGCAAUCCAGAACCGCUUCAAUGACUUCGAGAAGAAGUUCAACAGGCACAAAGACUUGCUUAACAGUUUCGUCGAGGCCGAGACUUUCGACGAAGCUUUUAGACUAAUGAGUAGGAUUGAUAAGUUUGAGGAGAAGCAUUUUAAGUUGCGUCCGGAGUACAGGGUAAUUGGGGAGCUCAUGAAUCGUCUCAAGGUGGAGACUGAUCAGAAGCAGAAGUUUAUUCUGCAGAACAAGCUGAACAGGGCAAUGAGGUUGGUGCAGUGGAAGGAGGCUUAUGAUCCCGAAAACCCUGCGAAUUACGGAGUUAUUCAGCACGAGCAGCUUGGGCCUAAUGUGGAUGCGUUGCAGAAUGCGGGAUUCGAGAAGGAGAAUCGGAUUACGCAGGGAGAGAAUGCUGAUGCAGCAGCCGAUGAGGAUGCUAAAGAUGUUGAUAAUGAUGAUGAGGAGGAGGAGUUUGAUGACAUGAAGGAGAAAGACAACAUGCUGCUGGCGAAGCUCGAUGCCAUUGAUAGGAAACUCGAGGAGAAACUUGCUGAACUUGAGUACACGUUUGGGAGGAAGGGUAAGCUUUUGGAGGAAGAGAUUAGAGAUCUCGCCGAGGAGAGGAAUGAGUUGACCGAGAAGAAGAGAAGACCUCUUUACAGGAAGGGUUUUGAUGUGAAAUUGAUUGAUGUGAAUAGAACGUGUAAAGUAACUAAGGGAGGACAAGUUAUUAAGUACACUGCUAUGUUAGCUUGUGGCAAUUACAAUGGGGUUGUCGGUUUUGCCAAAGCCAAAGGCCCUGCAAUUCCAGUUGCCCUUCAGAAGGCAUAUGAGAAAUGCUUUCAGAAUUUGCAUUCUGUGGAGCGACACGAGGAACACACAAUUGCACAUGCUGUACAAACAUCAUAUAAAAAGACAAAGGUGUACCUUUGGCCUGCUUCCACCACAACUGGCAUGAAAGCUGGUAGAAUAGUCCAAACCAUUCUGCAUUUAGCUGGUUUUAAGAAUGUCAAGUCAAAGGUCAUCGGUUCCAGAAAUCCGCAUAAUACAGUUAAGGCUGUCUUCAAAGCCCUUAAUGCGAUUGAAACACCGAGAGAUGUACAAGAGAAGUUCGGCCGGACUGUGGUAGAAAAGUAUCUAUUGUAAUGGAGAUUGUAUUGUGCUGAGUUCAUUGCUGGUGGGGAUGUAUUGCAUUGAAUCCUCUAAUAGUGUUUCUUAAAUCACUUAACAUGAAUUGGAGGCCAGUUUCCUCAAUUCAUUGUUUCUUUGUAUUUCUUCCCACCAAGUUCUUGGCAGCAUUAUCUUCGAAAUUUUGCAUGUAUUUUUAUCGUGUCUUCAUAAAGGCAAAUGGAACGGUAAUGCAA